CUGUUGCUACCUUACUCUGACCUUUCAGCCAAAUGAAAAAAGAACAGAGGCAUGACCUUUUACCUAGAUGGCAUCUGUAACCGGUCCUUUAGCAGGCUAAGCCCUCUGUUCAAAGCGCAACUUCCUUGCUCUCCUCAAAGCCCUGUUUUGAAAUGGGUGCAAACUGUCAAGUUAUCUAAAUGCGGAUAUCUCUGAAUUCCGUACUUGUGAGGAAAGGUGCCUCAGAGCGAAGCAAAGUCCAGCCUGUGUUGAAAUGCUCAUCCCCAGAGGGCUUUGUUUCUGCAGCUCCGGUGUGAACAGAGUGCAGCUGUGACUCCCAGGACCGAGUGAGAGCAGAGCAGGUACACCGCCACCGCUGUCGCCAUCGUCGUCCUGAUCCACGGAAACCAUGACGAAAACAACUACGUGCUUGUAUCACUUCGUUGUUUUGAACUGGUACAUUUUCCUCAAUUAUUACAUCCCACAGAUUGGGAAGGAUGAGGAGAAGUUAAAGGAAUUCCAUGACGGUGGACGGUCCAAGUACUUGACGCUCCUGAAUCUGCUCUUGCAGGCCGUUUUCUUUGGGGUCGCCUGCCUGGAUGAUGUGCUAAAAAGAGUCAUCGGAAGGAAAGACAUCAAGUUCGUCACCUACUUCAGAGAUCUGCUUUUUACUACGCUGGCUUUUCCUUUAUCCACGUUUGUAUUCUUGGUAUUCUGGUCCCUCUUCCACUACGACCGGAGCCUCGUUUACCCCAAGGGCUUGGACGAUUUCUUUCCAGCAUGGGUUAAUCACGCAAUGCAUACCUCCAUAUUUCCCUUUUCCCUGGCUGAAACCGUUCUCAGACCACACAACUAUCCAUCGAAGAAGCUAGGACUCAGCUUGCUGGGUGCCUGUAAUUUUGCCUACAUUAUCAGGAUCCUUUGGCGCUACGUUCAGACCGGAAACUGGGUGUACCCCGUGUUUGCCUCCCUCAGCCCGCUGGGUAUUAUUCUCUUCUUCUCAGCCAGUUACAUCCUGAGUGCCAGCCUCUACCUGUUUGGAGAGAAGAUCAAUCACUGGAAAUGGGGUGCCACAGUGAAGCCACGGAUGAAGAAGAAUUGACUACACACUGUUUUCCAAGAAACAUGGAAGAAGAAACUUAAGAACUGGUCCUCUUUCUAUUAUUCUCCUUCUUCUUAUUUCUUUUUGGACCAGGGUGGAAUUGCUUGGGGAGAUAAAAAGGAUGGAGAAUGUUGCAUAGUUUUAAUAAAGAGCAUGAAGGGAGCUUGGCUUGGGAUUUCCUGGUUUUCUAAAAGGCUGACCGAUAAUUCUUCACAUAUCAGAAUCUGUUAUGUUUGUUUGACCUCCAUGGAAGAUUUUGUUUCUGACUAAAAAAAAGGCUAAAUAAGCUU